UUUUCCCGCAAGAAGCAAGUGUGGAGAUACGCAGUAACUCGGCGGGGAAUUUUUUGCAGCGAAAAUGCCGAAACGAGCUUGUCCUUUCCCGGAAACCUUCUCCUCCCAGUAUAAAAUACACAUCGGACAACAAGAGCUGAGUAACUACGGCGUGUUUGGGAACAAAUACAGGCAGGAAAUCUACGCAAAGACAAAGAGCCUGCUUUUCAAUGGUGCCAAGGCUGUGAUGGGCAAAAUAUGGACCGGGGAGGAGAGAUGCAUCGACCCGCAGCCCACUGGACAACCUGAGACGCCUGCAUGCAGCCAGACGUUGCUGAAAGGACAGACACUGAUUGGUCAUGAUGGGAGACUGACAAGAGCAAACGCUGCAGGUCUAGGUGCACCAGUGGCUCCUACAGGCUGCUGUGUGUGUCAGAAGAGCCAGGGAUCCAGGACGCCAUGCUCCCAAUGUGACCGUCUCGCCUGUUCCUCCUGCACCCGCCAGUGCUCCAGCUGUGCCAGCCACUGCUGCUCUGUCUGCACAAUCAUAGAUUACAGCGGGCAAUACGAUGAAGUACUGUGCUGCAGCUGCUCAACGUGAAGGAAGACUGUCUGAGGAACCAGGAGAUUAUGCUUGAACAUACGUAGUUGCCUCACAUGAUAUUACUAAGACUGCAUUUUAUACCUGUGAUUUUUUUUUUUAUGUGAUCCAGAUGUUUUCUUGUAUAUAUGUAUUGUAUCCCCGAAGUAACUGAAAUAAACUUGAACACUUUUGUAUACUGUUAAA